UCGAGCGCCAAAGCGCAGAAAUCCCAAUCCAACCCAACACUCCCUGCCACCGGAAGCGCUACACAAACUAACAACACCUGGAAAAGCUGGAGGCAUCAGGCCCCGAUCCCUUUGGAGCCCGUCCAUCUCCGUCGCCGACGGGCUCGACGGCGGCCGCGGCCAUGUCGAAGAAGAAGCCGGUGACGACGAUGACGCUCAAGGAUUUCCACGGCGGCUUCAUCCCAUCCGAGCUCCCUCUCCCCUCCGCCCCUGGCGUCUCUGCACGACCACCGGACCGCCCCACGGCCGCCCCGUCCCCCUCCUCGGCUGUACCCGCCCGCCCCCGCACUCCUGCGGCUUCCUCCGCCGCCGCCGCCGCGGCUGUCGCGGUCCCUUCCUUCCUCACCAAUCCCUCCCGCAUCGGCCGCCACUUCGACGAGGACGAGCGUACGCCCUUCGAGGCCGUCACGCCUCGCCGCCCGGCUCCGUCGCCCUCGUCCUUCGCCUCCGCGCAGCCGGUGGGCGCCGCUAGAUCCGGGCCCGGGAACGCCUGGGGUGCGCGGAGGGAGGUCACUCCAGCCGCGGCGCCGGUUGUUCCCGCCGGCGGCGGCGGUCAGAUCUGGUCGCCGACAAGCAUCGCGCAGGCGAGCGCCGUCGAGAAGGUACUCUCCGGUAGGUGGCACUUGUCGAAACCCUCCUACUCACCGGCGCCUGUGUCGGCACCAGUGCUGGAGACUCAUGUGCUCCCACCCGAGAUGGAGAGGCCAAGGCCCGUUGGAGUGAGAGAGUUGAACGGUGUCAUGGAAAGGCCAGGGUCUGUUGGAGUGACUGGGCUGGACGGGAUCAUGGAGAGGCCAAGGUCGGUUGGUGUGAGAGAGCUGGACGAUGCCAUGGAGAGGCCAAGGUCAGUUGGAGUGAGAGCGCUGGACCUUACCAUGGAGAAGGGCAUGGCACCGGUGAGGCCUGCAUCGCAUGAAGGCAGGGUUGUGGAAGUGAGAGCCGAAGUGGUUCCAGAGAGGCCCAAGUUGAAGCUGCUUCCUCGUUCUAAGCCAAUUGACCCCCCUGCACCAUCUCCUACCUAUGUCGAAGAUAAGCAGGUCAGUCAGGUCCCUGUGAUUGCGAGUAUCACACAGGUUGAGUUUGUUCAUGAUGCUGAAAGCAGGGCAACGGUGGAGCGACCGCGGUUGAAUCUGAAAUCUCGCUCUAGUGCAGUGAGUCAGUCUGGUGAAAGUGCUGCAAAAGAAAGGCCAUCUGUCUUUGGCGGUGCUCGCCCCCGGGAACAAGUUCUCAGAGAACGUGGAGUAGAUGCUUUGGCAAGUGAUCUUGAGAAAACCUCUCCGGUUGGCAGGUCCAAAACUGAAUUUGCAAAGGCUGAGCACAAGGUUGAAGCUAUGCCUGCUAACACUUCAGGCGAAAAGGCUGAGAGUUAUCCAUCUGGUCAUAGAGGCCCAAGGAAUGCUGAUAGGAAAGAUUACAGGCGGGAUACAGACAGAGCGGAUGCACACAGGCCUACAAGACGUGAGGACAGUAGGAAGGUUGCUAGAGAUGUGGAGAAGGUGGCUGAACAACCGCGUCCAGAACCUGAAACCUGGAGAAAGCCAGUGGAGCCACCAAAGCCUGAGGUUACCGCACCUCGAUUUGGGAAAGCAGCGACCGCGUUGGAGCUUGCCCAGGCCUUUUCUAAGUCCAUGUCUGAUACUGUGCCGAAGAGUCGCUUGACCAGUGUUCCUAGUCCAAGAGUUCCUCCGAGCCCAGGGACUAGGGAUCAUCAGGUUGGAUUUUCAAGGCGCACUGACAACGGGGCAUUGCACUCAGGCUCUUCACAUCCAAGGAUUAAUGGUUACUGAUCCUGUGGCAAACAUACAAUAUGAUCCCGUGAUGACGUGGCUCAAAUGUCUUGGCCUUGUGGAAGCCCACUGCUUUGUUGUCAUGUUCAGUUCUAUCAUGGGGAAGUCGAACUGUUGUCUUCAACAGUUGUUCCAGCGUGGGCAAGUCAAAUUGUUGUCUUCAAAUGCAGACACAUGAGGGGUGCUAGUCUGAUUUUAGCGAACAAAGGAUCCUCUCAUAACUUUGGUGGCACAUUUCCUCUCUUGAUAACAGGGGAUGAGAAUUUAUAACUAUUUCUGUUCGUCAUCCUGCUACCUGUGAUUUAAGCUGGGGAAUAAUUGCUGGCAUUUUAGUUGGGCGUGCCUUGUAUGAUUCUGGUGUGCUUUUAAAAGAUGUUGCCAGAUUAGGAUGCUUCUGUGGCACCCUUCAGCACCCAGCAAAUGGUGAUUUCAUUGUGCUAAUUUUCAGAUUAUUUCAUUGGCACCCGUUAUUUAUGACUUGAUGCGUAAAAGAUUGUAGGAUCAAUGUCAUGA